AGCUAUGUUGCUUAUGUUGAUAAGUAUUGCUGUUUCUAUUGUAGCCUGUUAAACAUCCUAAUUGUGUCAUAAUCUUACUUGUGUCAUAAACCUCUUGUGUGAUAUUGUACACCAUAGUUCCCUCACAUCUUGAAGGUUUGUCAUAAAUUUGUUAGUCUCAGUGUCUCAGUAAACCUCGGGUGGAGUUUGCUGUUGUCUUCUUUACUCACACAUUUGCCAGCCAGUGUAUUCCAGCGUCUCUGAAGGACAAUUCUGUAGUAUUUAUGCUCCUGUGUAAAGACGGUUUUAUCCAUCCUGCAUUAUCAUGGCAUCCGAAUUUGGAAUAAGUAAAGAAGAGGUGAAUGAGAUAAACAGCGUCCUGCACUCCAAUGUUGUCACUGAUGUUGUGGCACAAGUGGAAGAUAUGCUUACACAGAGAUCUGUGACUCUGAACAUUGCUGUUACUGGAGAGUCAGGUGCAGGCAAGUCUUCGUUCAUCAAUGCUUUCCUUGGGGUUUCUGAUGAUGAACCUGAAGCAGCACAGACAGGUAUAACAGAAACCACUCAGAAGGCCUCAGCAUACUCACAUCCCACUGCUAGUAAUGUCUUGCUGUGGGACCUACCAGGGACUGGUACUCCCUCUUUUCAUCCUAGAACCUACCUGGAGGAUGUUGGCCUCCUAAAAUAUGACUUUUUCAUCAUUGUCACAUCUGACAGGUUCCAGGAGUACCACUCUGCAUUGGCUAAAUAUAUAAUGCAAGCUCAAAAGAAGUUUUAUUUUAUCAGGAACAAAGUGGAUCGAGAUUUGGAGGCAAAUGCUAGGCGCAGGAGUCAAAGGGGUUUGUCUAAUGAUGAAGUCUUGAACCUCCUCCGUGUAGACUGUGAAAAUAAUCUGAGAAAUGAUCAGGUGAAACAACCACGGGUUUUCCUACUCUCUUGCUUUCACCCACAGUGCUUUGACUUUCCUGUACUCCAGAUGACCUUAAUAGAGGAGCUGGAGGGACACAAGCGGCAUGCCCUGCUCUUGUCACUACCCAACCUCAGUGCAUCUUUAAUACAAAGCAAACGACAGGCACUAGCUCAGGAUGUUUGGAAGAAAGCGAUCUUGGUUUCCUUGAGCAGUGUCAUGAGGGGUGCCACUCCCAAUCCCAUCGUUCCAGAACUGAUGAAGACUUUAAAAUACUAUCAGCAAACAUUUUGUCUAGAUGCAAUAUCACUUCAUCGAUUGGCUAAUAUAACAGGAAUUUCAUUUGAGAAGCUUCAGAGUGAAGUAACCUCUAUCUUUGGCCAAGGGCUGUCAGCACAGGCAGUGGAAGACUUGCUAAUUCAUCUAACUACACAACAUCAACUCUUGGCUAAUAAGUUAGAGAACCAAAUCCCAAUUCUGGGUUCUGUCAUUGCAGGUGGAAUUUCCUUUGUGGCUUCCUACUUCCUGCUGAAAUUUGCCUUAAAGGAUUUGAGUGAAGAUGGAGAAAGAGUGAUACAGAAAUCACUAUUUGACUCAUUUAAACAUUUUUCUCUAAAUGAUCCCAAUGAAGUUCUCUGAUUCUCGCUACAGUUUAAGGACAUGCAUGAAGACUCUGUUGGCUCAUACUGGAAUGCAAACACAGCAGUACUGUACAUCCCUCAAAUAACCUAAUAAACUCCCCUUUUGCUCAUGUAAAGGCCUGAGACACAUUCCAAUUCACAGCAACUUGCCAAUGCUGGCAGUUUUUUUAAUUAGAUAAUUCAUGCUGCAUGUUUUUUUAUUUGUAAUGAUGCUCAAUGUUGUGGACUGCUGGUCCUAGAUACCUAGUUCCUCAUUACAGCAUUCAUUUCAUUUUCUACCACCGAACUACCUCGGGUCACUGGGAGCCUGUGCCUAUCUCAGGCAUCAUCGGGCAUCAAGGCUUCAGUUUCACCUUCUCACCACUUUAGUCCACACACUUUGAGAGACUCUCUCUGCACUGCUCUCCAAACUAAAAUAUCAUGGAUUUGAUAAACUGGUCUCUCAACGCAAUUGACACCAUCUUCUUGACGAGAAGCUUGGGUUCGGGGGAACCUGACUGCCCUGCCGGAACGUUCGCAGCUGGCUAUACGAUGGACGCGUGGGAGAGAUGGCGGGUCGUGUGCCGGGAGCAACGACUCUCCAGGCCUACACUUACAUACACACACACACACACACACACACACAUAUAAAGAUAUGCACUCCCCCCCCCCCAUCCCACGCCUUCGCCGCUUUGUACCGCCAGUCUGACAAGCGGGUCUGUGACCAGCGCCGAAGAUAAAGGCCGCAGGACCUGAUGGCUGCUUGCCUGUGCUGGAUUACCUCCACCCCCCAACUCCCCUCCCCUGUUGCAAGUCAUGUGUUUAUGGCGUACUGUUUAUGUGCUUAUGUUGCUGAGGUGUUUUUUUUCCUGUUCCUACACUGUACUCCCCACCGGAGCAUAGUCUGGGGGUUGUUGUUUUUUUCUCCUCCCUUCCCUCAUGUUAUGCUGUAUUUCUUUUCAAUCCCCUGUCUUCCUGUCCUGUCCUCCCCUUGUAUUGUAUGUAUUGUAUGUAUGGGCAGGUUGAUGGCUAAUUUCGCUGGUACCUGUGACCAGUGACAAUAAAGGCUACUACUACUACUA